AUGAAUUGCCCCUCCCGGACCGACGACACGCUGCUGCACGACGAGUGGAACCAAAAUCCACCGUGUCUUUCCGCCGAUUUGACGACCCGCCAAGACCUCAAUGGCAUCGCUAACGCGCGGGAGAAUAAUGUGUGUGAAAACGGUCUAGCAAGAUUGGGCUUGUCGCAAGGCUGUACCCACUGGACGAGUAUUCCUCCGUUAGGAAGAUUACAUGGCGAGUAUCCCGCGGCGGACCAGGGGGCGUCCCUGACCCAGUCAGGACGCCCCAUUCCCCGCAAGACCGACUUCCAUGUCGGUCCUCCGGGCAGAUAUCCAAACGACCGCAGUAUCUUGCCAUCGUAUCAAACCGUCAAGAAUUGGGGGCUAUGGCUCCUCUCCGUGCUCUGUGUCUCGGCCCUCAUCUCGCAUGACAGCCUGGGGAGAUACUUGAACUCACAGUCUCUCCCAGUGAGACCAACUUAUGACAUCCCAGGACCAAAGGUAGCCGCCCGAUCAACCUGUGCCCAGGGAGGCGUCCGUGGAGACGCAUACAACCUACCGCUGCAUAUUGCAGCCCUUUUCAUCAUCCUGGGCGUCUCGACCUUUGCGUGUGCAUUCCCGAUCCUCGCCAUCUGGUUCCCUCGCCUGCGUAUCCCAACGGGGUUUCUCUUUUUCGUCAGCCAUUUCGGCACGGGGGUCCUCAUUGCCACUGCAUUUGUGCACCUGCUGCCCACCGCAUUCACCUCGCUGGGUGAUCCAUGUCUGUCGAGUUUCUGGACAAAGGACUAUCCGGCAAUGCCCGGUGCCAUUGCCCUGGGUGGCAUUUUUUUGGUCACCUUAAUUGAAAUGGUCUUCAGCCCGGCCCGCAAUCUUUGUCGCGGAGGAAAUCGCAGCUCACCUCCCGAGUCAUCUCCACCUUAUCUUGAAACAAGAGAUGCUGCUCCCCCGCCGAGAAUUGAUCUCUCCAGUCACUCUGACCACGCCAGAAACCCGAGCUCCCACGUUGCCGGUCUCGAUGCUGGAUCCCAUCUGCGAGACAUGGGCCCGCUGAUUGGCAGGUCUUCCAGCAUGAUCAGAGCGAUCAAUCGCAUGGGAGAAGGUUCUGAAGAGAUCACCAGAAUUGAAUCUGCGCCGGAUAUUCCGACGGAUCAUGAGAAACAGAUUGAGUCAAUUCCGCGAAAUCUGGAGCUGGGCGAGGAUAACUUUACUUUGACUCCCCAGCAAAAGCAGCAGAAGGAGGUCAUGCAAGUGUAUCUUCUUGAGAUGGGGAUUCUGUUCCACAGCGUGUUUAUUGGCAUGUCGCUCAGUGUGUCGGUUGGGAAUGAAUUUGUAGUUCUUCUGAUCGCCAUUGUUUUCCACCAAACGUUCGAAGGUCUCGCACUCGGAUCCAGAAUCGCCGCACUCCCCUGGUCGGACAAGCAAAUCCAACCCUGGAUUAUGUCCCUGGCCUAUGGCUGCACUACACCCAUCGGACAGGCUAUUGGUCUUGCCACCCACACGCUGUAUAGUCCCGAUUCCGAGGUGGGUUUGCUUCUGGUAGGCACCAUGAAUGCGAUCUCCUCGGGCCUGCUAAUCUUCGCCUCGCUUGUCGAAUUGAUGUCAGAGGAUUUCCUCAGCGACGAGAGCUGGCGCAUUCUACGUGGCCGGAAACGAGUGUAUGCCUGUAUCUUGGUGUUCCUCGGGGCUUUCUGCAUGAGCAUUGUUGGCGCCUGGGCGUAA